UUUACUUGAAAUAAAACGGUUAUUUUUGCUAUAUAAGUUAAAUCAAAAUUUUCAUUGAUUUUUUUUGCAGUUGAUUUCAGGAUUAAAACGGGUAUUUGCAAUCAAGAAAUUUUUUGUUAUUAGGAAAAAAAAAGAAUAAGAGACUUGCAGUCUUCGAAUUUCAAUAACUUUUAGCUGGUAUUGUCGAGUCAAAUUCUUAAAUGAGAAUUAAGACACAGGUGCAAAAAAGGAACAAAAGAAAUAUGGGGGGGACAUCGGGGGAGGAUUUUUAAAUCCAUCGCAAUGCACGCAUCGACCUCUGUAAACUCCGGUCGUAUUGGCGCCGGAAGUACGUCACCGCGGAUUAUUUCUACAGACAGUGACGAGAUGGCACGUCUAUCGCUCUGCGAAACAUAACGAGCUCGUGCGAGAGCAGCCGAAGCGGGCUGGUCGCGGUCGCCAUUUUGUCGGGUAGUAUAAUCGGAAUCAUCUUGUCUCUGUCAUCACGGGUUAUUUCAUCGGUGCCUCCGUGUCUUCGGACGGAGUAUAAAGCCGCCCGUGCCCGUCGUGUACACGCGCCGCAUCCUCACCGGCUCGCUCGUCGCACCGCAAAUGGCUUGUCUGAACACCCUCAAGCAGGAAAUCAAAACGCUCGAAUCCGUCUUCCCCAAGAGCCAUGAGAGGUUUCAGAUAAUGUCUGCGAGCGUGGACGAGCUCAGCUGCAGAUUUGUCGGUAAAAAUGGGAAGAAGUACGAAAUACACGCCAAUAUCACAGAAACUUAUCCUUCAACGCCGCCCGUUUGGUUCGCCGAAUCCGAGGAGACUAGUGUUACGAACGCUGUACAAAUUUUAAGUAACACAACAGGCCGCGACAACCACGUAAUCAAUCAAGUCGGUAUCCUAUUGAAAGAAUUAUGCAGACUACACUCGUUACCGGAACCACCGGACGUGGAGAGGCUGAGAACUGCCUUGGACCCCCUGCGUUUAGGUGGGUCAAAUGAAGCCGUCGCGCAAAGGAUGGACGCCGAAGACCUAGACGAUAUCGAUGAGGACGAAGAGAGUGAGACUGAAGAAGACCUUCAUCUGGACAUGGACGAAGGAGACGCCAAUUCUAAGAGUAAGGUAAAGAGUGAAGAAAUGGAUUUGGAACAUCUUGCGACGUUGGAAAGGUUGAGACAGAACCAGAGACAAGAUUAUUUAAAAGGAUCUGUUUGUGGAAGUGUACAAGCCACCGAUAGACUCAUGAAAGAACUGCGUGAUAUAUAUCGAAGUGACAGCUUUAAAAAGGGAAUGUAUAGCAUAGAACUAGUAAAUGACAGUUUGUAUGAAUGGAAUAUCAGAUUGAUGUGUGUAGAUCCUGAUUCACCACUUCAUAGCGAUCUCAUUCUUUUGAAAGAGAAAGAGGGCAAAGACAGUAUUCUUCUCAACAUGCUUUUCAAGGAAACCUAUCCCUUUGAACCUCCAUUUGUAAGGGUUGUACAUCCCAUCAUAUCCGGUGGAUACGUUCUUGUGGGAGGUGCUAUUUGCAUGGAACUUCUAACAAAACAAGGAUGGAGUUCGGCAUACACAGUAGAAGCUGUUAUAAUGCAGAUUUCAGCAACGUUAGUGAAGGGGAAAGCACGUAUACAGUUCCAAGGAUCAGGUGGCGCCGGUAAAGUGUGUGGUGGACAAGGCCAAUAUAGUUUGGCGCGUGCCCAACAGUCAUUCAAGUCUCUUGUACAAAUACAUGAAAAGAAUGGUUGGUUCACACCCCCGAAAGAGGAUGGCUAAUGAACACCGAUCGCGGAAAAGUACCGAAAAUAUGAUACAUGCUUACAGCUGAGACUUUAAUUCGGUGUGUGCCCAACAAGUAAUUGUUAUGAUAAUGAUUUGAUACACAAACACAACAGUAACUAGGUAACUUAAGAUAUUGAAUUAAUCUAACAUAUAAUUCCUUUGAUGGCUAAAAAGCUGCCGUGCACUUUGGUUACGUAUCCAUUUUUUUCGGUCAUUAGUAGUUAGAUCGCGAAUUGUAUCGAUAAAUGUAAGAUAUCAUUUUGCUUGAAAUUGAUUUUCUCUCAUUUAUGUUUGAAGAAUCCCCGUUGUUGCUAUAUUACAGUACAGCAAUUUUAUGUACUCUUUAAAGAUACACAUGUACGUGCGAAACAGUAUGAUUAUUCUGCGUUGCGAAAAGUGCGUUUGCGCAAUCGUGCUUCCUGUCUUUUUAACGGGAGAUUAUAAAUGUUUUAUAUUAAUAUAAUCCUGGACAAAUUUUUAAAUUUUUCUUUUAUUGUUUUAUCAUUGAGUCACUUUAUUUACUACAAAACAAACGGUUAUGUUUUGUGCAUUUCGAUGAUAAGGUUAGAUUUCUUUGCUAAUAUGCCGUAAAUAAGGAAAAAUAAUAAAAGUAGUGAGAAUGCAUCUUUUGAAGAAGUAUAUAUCACUUCUAUUCUCGAAUUUUUCUGUCAGAUACCUAGGUGAUAUUUAAAUUCUAUGAGCGCACAAUUAAAAUUUUUUCUACAAAAAAGAAAAAAGUACGAAAAUAAAAAAUAGCUAAAUAGAAUAUAAAAGCAUAGCUUCAUAGAUCUCUAGAGAGACUCUAAAGAGUACGAUCAUAGAAGUUAACGAAAGUUUCGGCAAGCUUUUCAGACUUGCAAUUGAGUAUGUUUUGUACAACUAAUUUUGUCUAUAUCCAAUAUUAACCAAGUCAGAUUUUUGACACGAGAAGCGAUAUUUUUUUACAUUCGGCAAAUAGUAUAUUUCGUAGCGUUAUUGGAUUAGAUGAAAUGUAGAUCUUACAAUGCCUGUAUUGUAUACAACACGGUAAUUCAUGUGGAUGUUUAUCUUUUUGAAUAGAACGUAAGCGUGACUCAUAUUCAAAUACGUAGAUGCCGUAGUGGCAUACUUUUCUUUCUUAACGUAGUAAUUAUUAUAAAAGUUCUUUUCUAAGUAACAAUUCAUUUUAUACUAAAUGAAUAUCACUUGAAGCAUUUCUUUUUCAAAGUUGUUUAUAGAAAAUUUAAAAGUUUUGUAUUGUGUUUCAUGUUUGUUUAGUUUAUUCAUUAAAUAAAUUGCAUAUUAUGAAAUCUUGUAUGCAAUAUAAAAUCCUAAAAAUCUUUAAAAUCUGUUUUAGCUGAGCUUUUUUAUUUAUCCUUUUUCCUUUUUUUUUUCCAUUGGAAAGAAAGAGAAAAGAUGAACUAUGUAAUAUUAUCGAGACAGUUUACAUAGCUUUUUACAAGACCCUACUAUAGCCCAUUAUGUGUAAUAUUCAAUCGAAUAUAGGAAUUGUAUAGAUGUACAUAACUCGAGUACUCUCUAGAGCCUUUGUUAGAGAACAAUAAAUGCAAUAAAAGCUUAAAAGUUUUAGUUGUGUGCCUCAUAUAUAAAGCCAUUCUAAAAUCUGAUCUUUAUUAUUUUCACUAUGACAUGAUUUAUAAGGUAUAAAAUCACCUAUUGUAUAAUGCAAGAUAUCUUUUUUUUAAUACAAGAUGCGCAAAUUAAACAUCCGUACGGAAUUAAUUCUUAUGUGCAAAUUUGUUUUUGAAGAGCUAUGAGUUUCAUGUAAACAUUCUAACGAUCAAAUUUUUUCACGAGCGAUUUUAUGCAUUCGAUAAUAAUCGAUUAUCAUUUAACAAGUAUAAACAGUAAAUGGCCAAAAUGUAUUGUACUUCUAAAGCGAAUUUGUCCACUAGAAUUAAUGUUAAUAUCAUAAUGUUUGUAACUUAAAUCUAAUUUUUGCUAUCAUUAUGUGUAAAAGAUAUUCCUUUUCAUAAAAAUUAUACACCUAUUAUUGUUAAAUGCAUUUGUGUAAUACGGCAUUGAAAUUGAGUUACUAAAAUUGUAAAAAAAUUGCGUUGAUUGGUAAUACUUUACACUUAAUUUUACACUUUGAAGCAUUUACAAAGCUGAAACUUAUUUGCACAUUUUGAUUUUGUUGUCGACGCUUACUUAUGCUGAUCCCCUUUUCCUUUUCGUGUCUUUGCAAGCUGCUGAAUGCUUAUAAACAAGGUGGGUGACGCUUCAUCUUAGGAAUCUUCAUCUCAUUUUAUAAAUUCAAUAAAAUUAUAAUCCUGAGCAAUAUCAAAUGACUAGAAUUUUUCCUUUUUGAAUAUAAUAUUAAAUUAAUAAUUGAACAUCUUUUUGAUUUUUUAUUAAUAUUCUUAAUAAUGAUACUAUUUAUUGUUAUUAAAAUAUAUCUUAUAAUAAUUCUCCAUAAUAAUAUGGAACUCACAUUGGCGCUCACAUAACGCUUGUAAGCAUACUUUCUCCUUGUUCAGUAUUUGAUAAACAACAAGAAUAAAAUGAUGUUUACAGCGCUGUUUAUAGCCUAUAUCUUAUUUGAAAUUCCAAAAAGAGAGAAUUUAAAUUAUUACUCUAAAUUUAAUGUUUAAUAUUCAAAAAAGAUAAUUUUAGUAGUAAAUAUAGCUAUUUAGUAUUACUCAAAGGGAUUACAAGAUCUUAUAGUAUAAACACUCCUGAAAUGAAGCGACGCGCGUUUUAUUUAUACUAGACAUCACAGAUGCGCGUUUUGCGCUAUUUAGUUUUUUACUUUUUACUUUAUAAAAAUAAAUUAUAAUUAUAACAUCUAUACAAAUUAUUAUUUGCUAAUUCCGUGAUGACAGCCGUUCACGAAAUUAGUGCAGUAAGAGAACCAAUCAGGAGAAAAGCAGUGACAUUUUCGAUAGAUUCGAUCAUGGACUUCUCUUAAGCAUUCAACAUUUUGUUGCUAAGAUAUGAGCAGCAAGAGGGGGCCAGUAGGCAUCGAUAAUGAAAUUGGCUCGAAAUGUAUAACUAAAAUUCAACUCUGAUUUACGCAAUUUGUUUCGUACAUACAUUCAUACAUACAUACAUACAUACAUACAUACAUAAAUACACACACACAUCCUGAUUCAUAACAUGCAUGUCACGUACAGAUAUACACGUAUGCAUUUUGUUCCUUAUACUUCAUCUUCUUACGUAAAUUUCGAAUGCGUAGUUUCAUGUUCAUUUGCAUAUGUCAAGCAUAAACAUCUUACAUAUAUUAAUUAUGAAUAGUCAUAUUAUUUUCACAUAAGGGUAAAGAAAUCUGUCACUUUUUUGUAAAUACGUCGUCAAUUGAAACAGCUAAUUGUAACGGUUCAACUGUUAUACUUCAGGGAUUUUAAUUUCAGAGGUAUCAUUACUUUUGUAAUAUUACGUUAGGAUACCUGUCGCUGCGCGUAAUUAUCGUAUUCGCUUUUGUUAGAAUGAAUGGAUACCUGAACGCCUAUUAAUCGUAUGGAGAUGGAGCGGUACAUAUGUUAUUGGCAAUAACGCAUGUACAAUGUAUCAGUACACAUGAUUAUCGGUAUAACUGAAUCGAGUAGCGUGGAUCAUUAGUUUCGUUCGAGGUACAGUUUAAAAACUCGUUUGUGAACAAAUCAUAUGAGCAGUAUCGUCAUAUAACUAAUAGACUCUUAAGUAUAGGUGUGCGAUCAUCAAGCUCAUUGUCAACGGGUGCCAACGAUUUGUACAGCCGCCACCCGUUCGACACUGAGUACUGGUUGUUCGACGUCGUUAAACGUUACGUUCUUUGCCAAAACUUCGUGUCGUCUGUUAAGUUUUAUUUUUUUUAAGUGUAAUUGCGUAUAUGCGCGAGGAGCAAUGUGACAUGUGUAUUUUUGCUACAAAUAUCAUUAAGACUCUUCGUUUUCUUAACACGACAUUUGACAAUCAACGACAAUGUCGCUGAUAUUUAUGACGAUUUCAGAAAUCUCAGAGUCUCGAUGUAAGAUCGACAUGUUACACGCGAUUAGUUUAAAUUAAUUUACAUUUAAUAAAUGUGAGAUAUGGUUGAGGCGAGAGGUGCGUAGUAAGAUAAGAUAAUAAUUCCAUGCAACGUGUCGGGAUUCGUCCCAGAAUAAUUAAACACCUUGAUGGAAGAUGUGCGCCUAAAGAACAAGUGGAAGUUGGAAUUAGUCGGUUAUAUUAUAAUAUAUAUAACUCCGAAAUGCAUUUUUCAAAUCUUUAGAUUGUGUGCAGUAAAACGUAGUUGUGAAAUUUUUGUUACACGUUUGACGUAAUCUUUCUAUUUGAAGACUGAUAAAAGUAGAAGCUGAGUAUACUUUUCUUCCACAUUUGUAAAAUGUGUCUUUUACGCGAUACUUGAACUUCGUGAGCAUGGAAUAUAAAAGAUACUCGAGCAAUUCAUCCACGUCGAAUAGGACUUUCUACGUGUUUGUGAAUAUGGAAACUGAUUAUGAAAUUGUGAUUCUUAAGAUUUUCGUACGGAGGCAUUAGUGCCAAUUGGGAAAGUGGAUACACAUAUCCCAUUCCGAAAACAUGUAUUUGUGGCAAAAAUAGUCGUCUAAAGUCUCUUCCAAAUUCAUUUGUUCACUUUCCACGUUUCAUCAAUAAAAUGUGGAUAUGUUUAUUAUACGUUAAGUAAAUACGAAUAAUCGAUUGAUGUAAUGACAAAUUAUUUCUUUUUUGUUUAAAGGGAGAGCACCCGGUUCACGCGGAACAUAAAUAAGCGACCGAAUGUGUAAAACAUGAUACAAGCAUGUAUGGAAAUUACAUCUACGUCUAUACCUGGUUACUGAUCCGCAUUCUCAAAGGUAGAACGACAAAUAAUAUCUGCGUUUCGCUUGAACCGUGGUAUUUGAUCGUAUUCAUUUGAUACUCGAGAUGUAACGACUUUGUGUAUCGUGUUAAGUAUAUGAUAUAACUUAACUCUCAUACAUUAUAACAUUUUCUGACGAGGGUAUAGACUUUUGGAUCGAGGCAAAGUUCGUCGUACGUAUUGAGAGAAAUCAUGAUUGAAAUUUUCUUUAUGUUUGGUUUUCCAUUUGCAAAUUUUUGGAAAAUCGCCACCUCAUCAUUUUCUGCAGACGAUUAUCUCAUUUUUUCUCGAUGUGGACGAUAAUAAUGUGUUCCCUAAGUCUAAACCCAUAAGUUAACUUAUGUCUUUACUCUGUCUGCGUAUCUGCGUAAUGAAUUCAUUGGUCAACUAAGAGAUCGAUUAAUUUUUGUUAAUCGGUCACCGCGCCGUCUCAUUGUCAAUAUCUAUAAUCUUAAGAUUACUCUACGUAUCUUAAAUCUGCUCCACUUGUAUAUCAUACUUUAUUGAUUUGAGUGAAAGUUUCCAUAAUUCUAAUAUAUCGAGCAUUAUACUUUCUUUUCUCCCUCUUUCUCUCUCUCUCUCUUUCUCUCUCUCUCGCUCUUUCUCUUUCUUACACUACAGUUUCAUGUUAAGUUACGUUAAUUAUUGUUUAGGAGAACGCUACGAAACACAAAAAAUAAAGAUUUUAAUAAAAAACUUA